AAUCACUAUAAUUAGAUAAACAUUAAAUUACUUUCUCGUCUAAAACACCUCUCAUUAAUCCCAAAACCCCACAUAUUUUCAUUGUAAUUCUUCUGCACAUCUUCAAAUCACCAAUUUUUUUUUAGUAUUCUUCUUUCUCAACAAUGGCAACAAAGACUGAUGGCACGGAAGUAGUAGAGAUCUCCAGGAUGGAAGAAGGCGUUGGCGCUGACACUUCGUCUUCUUCUUCUUCCCGAUCCAAUCUCCGGGAUAGUUUCUGUUUAUCAGCUUCGUUUGUUACCCUCGUACAAAAGUUGAUUGCAGAGGCAAUCGGAACUUACUUUAUAAUAUUCGCCGGAUGUGGCUCCGUGGCAGUGAAUAAGAUCUAUGGCAGCGUUACGUUUCCGGGCAUUUGUGUGACAUGGGGACUGAUAGUCAUGGUCAUGGUUUACUCUGUGGGUCAUAUCUCCGGUGGCCAUUUUAAUCCAGCAGUUACGAUCGCGUUCGCCAUUUAUCGUCGAUUUUCAUGGAAGGAGGUACCCAUGUACAUAAUAGCUCAGUUAUUGGGAUCAAUUCUAGCCAGUUGCACUUUAUCUGCAAUUUUGAACGUGACUCUUCAAUCUUACUUUGGAACUGUACCAGUGGGAUCAAAUGGCCAAUCUUUAGCUCUUGAAAUUGUAAUCUCCUUUCUUUUGAUGUUCGUCAUCUCUGGUGUUGCUACAGAUAACAGAGCGAUAGGAGAGCUAGCGGGAAUUACAGUUGGAAUGACCAUAACCUUAAACGUGUUCGUGGCCGGGCCAAUUUCUGGAGCAUCCAUGAACCCAGCUAGGAGCAUUGGUCCAGCACUGGUUAAACAUGUUUACACAGGACUUUGGGUUUAUAUUAUUGGGCCAAUCAUCGGAACCAUCCUCGGAGGAUUUGCUUAUAACUUAAUUAGAUUCACAGACAAACCACUUCGCGAGUUAACUAAAAGCGGGUCAUUUCUCAAAAGUAUAUCGAGAAAUAAUCCAGCUUAGGUUCAUGCUCUAAUUACUAUUACUCCUACUUUUUGAGAAAAAAAUUGAUUUAUUUUUUCUUAGACAAGUUUCAUGA